CGAUAAAGUCAACAAGUUACUUCGUACAGUUUACAGCGCCACAUUAAACCUUUCUACUACUAAUCCCUAUCAACAUCGCGAUUAGGUACCGAUUAGAUGCUAACGAAUUCAUUAUCAACAACCAUCACCAUCACCAUCGCAAAAUAAUAUUCCUCUCGACUACGAACUUCUUUCCCUCGCCCGGCAAUUCGAACAUAUAUUUAGAUUUCGACGACCUCAGCUCAGGCUAUAUAAACACCGCCAAAAUGCCGAAAGCAGAAGUCGGAUCAACGAAAUAUCUUAGCAAUAAGAUGAAGUCCAAGGGACUACAGCGACUUCGAUGGUAUUGCCAAAUAUGCGAAAAGCAGUGCCGAGACGCGAACGCGUUCAAGAUGCACACGCAGAGCGAGUCGCACACGAGGAAGAUGCUGCUCGUGGGCGAGGACCCCAAGAAGUACAUCGACGAGUUCAGCAACCAGUUCCUGAAGGACUUCCUGCAGCUGCUGCGGACGUCGCACGGCGAGAAGCAGGUGCAAAUCAACCACUUCUACCAAAACUACAUCGCCAACAAGGAGCACGUCCACAUGAACGCCACCAAGUGGCACUCCCUCACCGAGUUCGCCAAGUACCUGGGCCGGGAGGGCAUCUGCCGGGUCGAGGAGAACGAAAAGGGCAUCCACAUCGCGUGGGUCGACGACUCCCCCGAAGCCCUGCGCAGGAAGGAGGCCGUGCGCAGGAAGGAGAUGCAGGAUAAGGGCGACGAGGAGCGCGAGCAGAUGAUGAUCAGGGAGCAGAUCAAGCGCGCGAGGCGCGAGGCGGGCGAGCAAAAGCAAGACGAGGACGAGGCGGAUCAUACGGAAGGCAAAGAACUCAAGAGACAAGAAGGGGAAAAAAUCAAACUCUCCUUCGGCAUAAAGCCUGCUGCUGCUACCUCUCAACCGGAAUCAAGCGCGUCUCCGGAGAAAUCUUCUACUUCGGAGACGUUAGCGUCGCCAUCGAAAGACGGAUCAACAACCCCGCCGAGUCAGACCAGUACUACUAAUACAACUAGUACUACAACUACAACCGAGAAGCCUGCUACUGCUACUGCUACUGCUACUGCUACUACUGCCCCUGCUCCCGCGCCGAUUUCACUCAAGAUGGCAGCCAAGCCGCAGCCCAAGAACGUCUUCGCGGCCGCGAAGAAGAACGCGCUGGCCUCGGGAGCGCCCAAGAACGCGCUGGCCUCGGGAGCGCCCAAGAAGGCGCUGUCGGCCUUCGGGGAGCCGAAGAAGAUGAGCGAGGCGGAGCGCAUCAUGAAAGAAGAGAUCGAGCGGAAGAGAGCGCGCGAGAGUUCCGGGGGUAGAGAGGGCUUUUCGAAUAAGCGCCAAAGGAAUUAAGUGAUGUUGGGGUGGAAUAUUGACGAGGGAAAGGAUUAGGACUUGCUGCUUUUUAGGUGAUGGCAUUGCGAUAGGCGUUGGGGAGGUACCUAAGGUAUACCAUUGAUUUUGGGGAUUGAUUAGGGGUAUAAGCAUAAGGACCUAAAGCAUGGAAAUUUGGCAUGCUGGGAGGAGGGUUUCUCUCCAUGGCGACUUGUAUAUUUUUGUUGAGGUAAUCGUAUUGGGGAAGGUAUUGUUUUGGUGAUCUCCAUCGAUCAGGACUUAAGAAGAAUUCUAGUUUUGUAUGUACGUGAACGAAUACAAUACAAUAUUUCUUCAUGUUCAACCAA